AAAAUUAUAAGCAGAAUGCCACCGCCCCUACCCCUUCGUUCCCCACCGCACCGAGCCAGACUAGCGCACAUCGCGUUUCUCCUCGAGGCCGCGAAGAGAGAAGGGGGAGGGAGGACUGAGGCAGCGGCGGCGGUAGCAGUGAAGGCACACGGCGCAUGGUGGCGGUGGUGGCGGCUGCCUCCUCUCGCACAGCAAGGGCGCCGGGCGGAGGUCUGGGCGGCGCUGGGCGGAGGUCAGGGCAGCGCACGGCGGUUGGAUUUGGCGCUGAGACCUCAUGGCGGCGGCACUUGGCGGCGGGAGCGGCUCCCCACAGCGAGGAGGCGCACGGCAGGAGCUGGGCGACGCCGGUGGCAUAGCAGAUCUGGUGCAAGGAGCAAGGACAUACCAGGCUGCACCAAAUUUAUUAAGACUGGCUUGCAAAAUGAAGAGCUACUUGAGAAGAUGUUUGAAGAUAUCCGCAAUACCGGUGCUAACCAUUGGUCUUUGGGGCAAGGCACCAUACCAACAGCCAUGGAUGCAUUUCGUGAUUACCUAGCCGGUCGUAUUGCAGGUUGAUGGACAUAUAUCGUAUUUUGUGUUGUUUUGCGGUCUUAUGCUCUAUCUUUCGAUGAUAAUGGUACUAGUUAUUAUUACUAAAUAUAUGUCAUGCAACAACUUUAAUUUUUACUUUAUUUUGGAGUACCAAUCAUAUAAUGAUUGAUUGAA